AUGUCGAGCCCUGAACAGGUCACUGAUGGGGCCCCGGCCGCCGCUACAGCUACGGCAACUCCCCCCACCACCAACAAGAUCGACCCUGUCUACUAUAACUGGCGAAACACCUUCUCCAUCAUGCUGGGCCGCAUGUCCGGCAACCGUGACGAAUCCCUCGAAGAGCGCUACUUCGCAGAACAAGACGUCGUCAAGGCUGAAGCCUUCUGCCGCCGCUGUGAAGACCGACGCGACUACCUCCUCCAAUACAGCCCUAUCGUCCGCUUCAUGCGCGACGAGGUGAGCAAACUCGGCGGCGACCUGAAUGCUCGCAAUAUCCACUGCAGGGUCUGCACGAAAGAGCAGUCGGGCGGCUUCCAUAUCGACCACGGCAUCCUGCUCUGCGCGAACAAAUUCCGCAACCAGGGACACCAGGAAGACACAAUGGCCCACGAAAUGGUGCACGCUUGGGACCACCUCAAAUUCAAGAUCGAGGACGACAAUCUGCGACAUCAAGCCUGCUUAGAAAUCCGUGCCUCCACCCUCUCCGGCGAAUGUCGCUUCACCCGCGAAUUCUUCACCAAGAACCAAUGGCGCAUAACCGAGCAAUUACAGCACUGCGUCCGGCGCCGCGCGACCCUCUCCCUUAUGGCUCGCCCGGGCGUCAAGGACGACGUGCAUGCCGCAAGAAUUGUCAACGAUGUUUGGGAUAACUGCUUCUGGGACACAAGACCGUUCGACGAGAUCUACCGAUGA